AUGGCGAAUCAAAUCCGCAAAAAACAAAGGAAAAGUGAAAUUGUUCAAAUAUAUUGUAUGGAUAAUAUAAAGAAAUAUUUACAGGAAACUACAUUACAUGGACUUAAAUAUUUGGCCGAUAGUUCGCUUACAAUAUGGGAAAAAUUAUUUUUCUUUGCUUCAUUUGUAGCUGCCGUUAUAAUUGUUGCAAAUUUAAUAUCAAACGUAUACGCAAAGUGGGAUAGUACUCCUGUGAUUAUUGGUAUAAGUCCACAUCCGACUUCUAUACUUAAAGUGCCAUUUCCCGCCAUGACUUUGUGCAACAUGAAUCAAGUGCUUAAAUCAAAAGUUGCCAAUUAUUCUGAAGAUUCACUAGAAUUUGAUAUUUUGCAAUUUUUAUGUUUUACUGAAUCGGAAUACGAUGAACGGUUGGCCGAUAAAAACAAUUUUAAAAACAAUAACUUAAGAAUAGCCGAUUUUGUUAUAAAGCAUGCUCAACAUUGUGCUCGCAUGUUAAUUUAUUGUCAAAUAAGUUCUAUUGUCUACAACUGUAGCGAAUUAUUCCGGGAAGUAAUGACAGAUGAAGGUCUCUGUUGCGUAUUCAACACUUUGCAUCCUGCAUUUUUGUACAAAGGAAAAUAUGACAUAAUAAAGGAUUUAAAGGAUGACAAAGUAACGAAACCAGUUAUGUGGAAUCCUGAAAGUGGUUAUCAAAACAAUUUACCAGAUAAAUUUUAUCCGAGACCAGCCUCUGGUACAGGCGUUUCAAUGGGAUUGUCGGUCAUUCUGAAUGCUGAAUUAGAUGAAUAUUAUUGCUCUACAACAAAUGGUCCGGGAAUAAAAAUUUCACUUCAUAAUCCCAUUGAAACGCCCUCUGUUAAAGAAACUGGACUGUCUGUACCUCUAGGUUUCGAAACUCGUUUUCGCAUUGAUGCUUUAGGAGCAGAAGCUGUUCCCUCUAUUCGAUCUAUACAUCGCAAUCGUCGUCAAUGUGUUUUUAUGAAUGAGGAACGGUUACUCUACUACAAGUACUACACGCGACGCAAUUGCGAAAGUGAAUGUCAGGCAAUAUAUUUGUAUCAGCAAUGUACCUGCAUUCCAUACAAUUAUCCCCUGGUCUACAACAAUGCCACCAUGUGUACCGUAAAUGACAGUUUCUGUAUUAACAAAGCGAACAAAGAGUGGACACUAGUAUCUCCAGAGAGUUUGUGUUUAAAGCGCUGCCUACCGGGCUGCUUUGAUCUGAAUUUUCUUCCAGACUCCUUUUCAGGUCCGCUGGCCGAACGUAAUUACACUAUCCAAAACAGAAUACUGCGUAAUAUGAACAAAGAUGAAAUGCGAAAAAAUAUUGCCAUUGUUCAUUUUUACUAUCGUGAAUCUGUAUUUUAUGGCGAUUUAAAAAAUGUCUACAUUGGUUUCACAGAAUUUCUAUCUAAUAUUGGUGGUAUAAUGGGCUUGUUUAUGGGUUUUAGUUUCAUAUCGGUGGCAGAAAUUGUUUAUUUUUCAAUAUUAAGGCCCGUUUUCAAAUUUGUGCUACCGCGAAAAUUCAAAAAAGUCACAUUAAAAAAUAGAUUGCAGACAAAUGUUGAAGUAAAUAGCAAUCCGAAUUGGUUAGCCCAGGAAAUUUGCAAAGAUUAAAUUACAACAAACGUAUACCUCUCCCUUGUUGCAGCAUUUCAGCAAUCAGAUUAAUUAAUAUAAACACACAUAUUUAUUAUUGAUUCAUAACUAUUUUUUUUUUUUUUG